CUGUGCAGUCGCCAGUCCCGCCGCCGCCGCCGUCCAGCAACACCGUCCCGAGCGGUGCGGCGCGGCCCGAUUCGGAACUCGCGCUGCCGUACACCACUCCCCCAUGCUGCUCUGCGACGCUGACAUCAUCCACGCAUGCGCAGUCACCGCUUCUAUCGCCGUUGGUCCCGGCCACGCCCCCGUGUCCUCCGUGCCACCGCCCCGUGCCAGCCCCACAAGCCGCGGGGGGGGAAAGCAAGGACGGACGCGGAGCCCCGGCUCUACAGCUGCUGACACCCGCGCCGCCUACGCCACCGCCCAGCUCGGCCACUGUCCCGUUCCCACAACCCCUCCUCGCGCUGCAGCCUGCUCCAUCGCUUCCACCCGACUCUGCCACACGGAUCCCGUCUGCAUCUGCCGCACCAGCAGUUCUACCCGACACCAUGGAACAACAACAGCCACCAUCGCAGCUGAAUCCAUACACAGAGGUCCCCUCGCCUAACCUGACGGCCCGCCCACUCCUGCUCAGCUCCCCUUCGUCGCAGCUGCCGCCUCUGCAAAGCACCCAAAACAGCUUCAACAAUCCUCACCUGACAGACUGGCAUGAAGUAAAGCGCCAGAUCUGCAGAGAAGAAAGUCUUAAUCCUUUGGCUAUGCCUGUUUUAGUGAGCCAACAGCCCGGAGGUCCCAAAACAUGGGCCCCCAUCCCAUCUCAGGAUAUAAAAGAACUAAGAAAAGCAGUGAGAGACAGUGGCAUUUGUUCCCCGUAUUUUAAACAACUGUUGAAAAGUACUCUAGAAGGAUACACACUUACACCAAAUGACUGUAAAAAUCUUGCUAGUGUAACUCUAACAGACUCACAAUAUAUGCUGUGGGAAUUCAAAUGGAGAAAAAUGCUCACAGAAGUGUUAGCAACUUACAGGCAAAGUACUGAUGCAGAUCUUCGUGCCCUCACUAUGUCUAAAUUAACUGGUGAUCACCCUGAUGAUAGAAACGAAGAUCAAAUAAAUUUACCCAGAAUAGUAUUAGAUGACAUUAAAAAGAUGGCUCGCAGAGCUUUUUUGCAAGUUCAACCUGCAGGAACUUUUGAAAAAGCAUAUAACCUGAUUAACCAAGAGCUGUCUGAACCAUUUACCACUUUUGUUGACAGAGUACUCCAAGCAGCAGAGAGGCAAUGCAGUGAUGAGAUAGCCCGCCCGAUAAUGGUACGUGACAUUAUCGAGAACAAUGCUAAUGCAGAAUGCAAGAGGGUCAUCAAAGCCCUAGGAAAAGAAAGACCCACAGUGCCUGAAAUGAUUAAUGCCUGUAACAAAAUCGGAAGUCCACAGCAAAUGGCAACGAUCCAAGCAAAUGAACUCGGAAAGACUUUAGGAGAAAAAAUUGAAAGAGCUCUUAUAGCUCAAACAGCACAAGCAGAUACACGAGACCAAAAACUCACUGAAAUCUUAACUGCUAUACACCUAAACUCCCAGCAACAGAGCAACAACAUGACUGUUAUGCAAACUGCAGUAACCACAGGACCUUGCUAUUUUUGCAAAAAACCUGGGCACAUUAUGAGGUACUGCCCAGCAGCUAAAGGGACUGCAGAAGCACCAAAUCAGUACCCUACCUAUGACAGGGACAAACAUCCUAAUUCGCAGUGGUAUGCCAAACACAACAAUGCUAAAAAUCAUAUUCCAAAAAACCCGAAAACGAACGCGCAAUGCCAUCGCGUGACGAAACAAGUAGUGGCAUCCCAAGCACCCAAGGGAAAAUUUGUCCAUACCCCAGCAACGAUGCACUUCGCUUCGUCGCCAGCAGAAUCCCAAGCAAUGACACAGACCUGCUACCCCCAGGGUCUUGGUGCACUCUGGCAGCCUCCAAACCAACAACCUUUUUGAAAGAGAACGGCUAUGACUAUAUAUCAACAAGCACCACUGGAACUUCACAAAAAAGACAAGACUUUUUAGUGGUAGGCAAAGAAAGGAAUAGCAUCCUGGGACUGCUCGUUCUGCCUUGUGUAAUGUCAGUCAACUGCAAAGAAGAACUACUGGUGUUAGCCAAAGCUUAUGACCCCCCACUACACAUCCGGCCUAACACCCCUAUAGCUAUUGCUAUAGCACUGCCCCUGGAGACUAUAGAUCAGAUACCACCACGCUGUUUCCCAGCUGCCCCUGAGAAUCCUGAGGUAUGUUGGAUUCAACACAUAAGCUGUGACCGGCCUAUGAUAACUUGCCAAUUGUCUAGUUGUGGGGUUCAGGUUAAUAUCAGAGGGAUGAUUGAUACGGGUGCAGAUGUCUCUAUAAUCUCUAAUGAUCACUGGCCAGCAGAUUGGAAGCUGAUAAAUCCCUCAGGUACUAUCACAGGCAUUGGAGGUGCCACUCCGUGUUUACAAAGUGAGUCUGUAAUCAGUAUUACAGGACCAGAAAGAAAAAAAGGAUUGAUCCGUCCCUAUGUGGUGCAAAAACCCAUCACAGUAUGGGGAAGAGAUUUACUUUCACAGUGGGGAGCAAAAAUUGAAGUGGGUUUUUU